AUGAACACGUGCGAAGUGCAGACGGUCGCGAGUCUGCGCCGGGCCGACCACAUCUGCAUCUGGGACACCACGCGCUGGCCCUUCCGCUACACGCACCACGGCAUUGUCUUUGCCCCGGGCGAGAGCGCCGCCGCCAUCCUCGUGGCCCACGUCUGGUCGCGCAAGAGGGGCUUCCGCGCGGGCCAAGCCGACUCGAAGUUCCAGCUCACGAGUCUCGCCGAGUUCCUCAACCAGCGGCCGCUGGCCGACAUGCGGCGCGUGCAGUACAACUCGUCGCUCGUGGGCGAAGCGUCGUCGCGACUGGGCGAAGUCCACCGGACACACGCCGACGCGCCGCCGGUGGUGCUCGCGCGCUGCCGCUUCUUGUUGGGGCUCGGCCAGGGCCACUUUAGCCUCUUGUCGCUCAAUUGCGAGCACGUGGCGCUCUGGUGUACCACCGGCGUGGGCUGGUCGAAGCAGGUGCUGUCUCGAUCCGAGACGAAAGUGCCGUUCCUGACGUCGUCGGCCAAGUCGGUCCAAGCGCUCGAGCGACUGGAGCUGCAGCUGCAGCGGCUUCGAGACGUUGCCAUGGAGAAGAACAGGCAGAUGGAAACGCUGCGCGGGAAGCGCGUGUACUUGCGGCUCAAAGGCACGGGCAAGUUUGCGAAACGGUUGGGCGACGAGCUCUACUUGGUGCAAGACGAUCCGAGCGAGAAGGACUGGGCGUUUCGCCAGAAACCGACGUCGCUGCGGCUAGCUGUUCGCGUCUCGGCGUACAACUGCGUGCGGGUGGAGUUUGAAGACUAUGACAAGCCUCGCGACGUGCUGUACGCGAGCUCGAGUGGGUUGAAGCUGAUCCAGCGCAGACCAAUGCAGUUUAAGCGCUGGUUUCAAUUCGAUCUUGGAUGGGACGGCGAACUGCAGAGUCUGCGUCAUCGUCGAUGGUUUGUGGGAGCGCAGACGCGUAAUGGGUUGCUACGCCCGUUCAUCUCGCGGGAUAAGGCUGCUGCGUUUGAGAUCAUUGACGCUGAUUCAAUGGACGUUCUGAGUCCAGUCAUGGAGCCUUCGUUUUGUGACUCGGAAGCCGAUGACUCGUUUGCGAUUCCUGUCCUGGAAAGAGCAGAGUCGGAGCCCGAGUUGGGCGUCGAUGACGACGAAGACGUUGGAGAUUUUACGUAA